AUGGCAGGUCGUUUCGGAUCGCAGGUCAUGACGAUGACGGUGACCAAUACCCCAUCGGCAGAUCUAGCCUUCACUAACCUCGCUUACUGCUCCUCUUCCGAUCUCCGUCACAUCCGUGAUGGAAAUAUUGCUCUGAAUGCAAUUCAACGACGGCAUGCUAGAGUUUCGACUGGUGACAUGGUAUCUGUUAGCAGAUUUGUUCCUCCAGAAAAUUUCGAGCUAGCUAUGCUGACGCUCGAGUUAGAAUUUGUUAAGAAAGGGACUAAAAGCGAGCAGGUUGAUGCUGCUCUUCUUUCAACUCAACUUAAGAGGAAAUACACCAACCAGAUCUUGACUGUUGGCCAGAAAGCGACAUUUGAAUACCAUGGAACUAACUACAUUCUUACGGUCAAUCGAGCGGAUGUAGAGGGCCAGAAUCAAUCUAAUGGCAUCGAAAGAGGGAUGCUCUCUAAUGACACAUAUAUUGUGUUUGAAGCAUCAAACUCAAGUGGCAUAAAGAUUGUUAACCAACGGGAAGCUGCUAGCAGCAAUAUAUUUAAACAUAAGGAAUUUAACCUCGAGUCGCUGGGCAUAGGUGGUCUGGGUGCAGAGUUUGCUGACAUCUUUAGAAGAGCUUUUGCUUCUCGUGUAUUUCCUCCUCAUGUUACGAGCAGACUGGGGAUAAAGCACGUUAAGGGGAUGCUUCUUUUUGGACCUCCUGGUACAGGUAAAACCCUGAUGGCUCGUCAAAUUGGAAAGAUGCUGAAUGGAAAGGACCCAAAGAUCGUUAAUGGUCCUGAGGUGCUGAGCAAGUUUGUUGGUGAGACAGAAAAAAAUGUACGCGACUUAUUUGCUGAUGCUGAGCAAGACCAGAGGACCCUUGGUGAUGCUAGUGAGUUGCAUGUCAUUAUUUUUGAUGAAAUUGAUGCUAUUUGUAAGUCGAGAGGCUCCACCAGAGAUGGCACAGGUGUCCAUGAUAGUAUUGUAAACCAGCUUUUGACAAAGAUAGAUGGUGUGGAGGCCUUGAACAAUGUUUUGCUUAUCGGAAUGACAAACAGAAAGGAUUUGCUUGAUGAAGCUCUUUUAAGGCCUGGAAGAUUGGAGGUUCAAGUUGAGAUAAGCCUUCCUGAUGAAGCUGGGCGUCUUCAAAUUCUUCAGAUUCAUACAAACAAGAUGAAGGAAAACUCUUUCCUUGGUCCUGAUAUCAAUCUCCAAGAGCUUGCUGCUCGAACAAAAAAUUACAGUGGUGCAGAGCUUGAAGGUGUUGUUAAAAGUGCUACAUCAUAUGCCUUAAACAGACAAUUAAGCAUGGAUGAUCUUACAAAGCCAGUGGAAGAAGAAAAUAUCAAGAUCACUAUGGAGGAUUUUCUCCACGCAAUAUAUGAAGUUCAGCCUGCCUUCGGAGCCUCCACAGAUGACCUGGAGCGCUGCAGACUCAAUGGGAUGGUGGAUUCUGGUGAUCGGCAUAAUCACAUUUACAAAAGAGCUAUGCUUCUGGUCGAGCAAGUUAAAGUUAGCACUAGAAGUCCUCUAGUCACUUGCCUUCUGGAGGGUCCCAGUGGAAGUGGGAAAACUGCUUUAGCUGCAACUGUUGGUAUCGAUAGUGACUUCCCAUAUGUUAAGAUAGUCUCUGCGGAAACUAUGAUUGGUCUUCAUGAGAGCACAAAGUGUGCUCACAUUGUAAAGGUCUUUGAGGAUGCAUAUAAAUCACCAAUGAGCAUUAUUAUCCUUGAUGAUAUCGAAAGAUUGUUGGAGUACGUAGCAAUCGGUCCUCGAUUUUCAAACAUAAUUUCUCAGACGUUGAUGGUCCUUCUUAAACGACUUCCUCCUAAGGGGAAGAAACUUCUCGUCUUUGGGACAACAAGUCAACUGACCUUCUUAGAUUCUGUUGGUAUAUGUGAGUCCUUCUCUGUGACUUACUCUGUUCCAACACUAAGAACAGAUGACGCAAAGAAGGUGCUGAAGCAGCUUAACGUGUUCUCAGAGGAUGAUGUCGAAGCAGCUGCGGAGGCUCUCGAUGACAUGCCAAUAAAGAAGCUUUACAUGCUAAUCGAGAUGGCGGCGCAAGGAGAACACGGUGGAUCUGCAGAAGCUAUCUAUGACGGGAGAGAGAAAAUCAAGAUCACUCAUUUCUUUGAUUGCCUACAAGACGUCGUCCGAUUCUAAGUCAAUGUUUCAUUGUCUUGCCUUUGAAAAAAAAUCAAACUUUACCUGUUUUUUGGUUAUAUUUGGAUUUUGUUUUAUGUAUGUGGUUGAGAAAUAGAACUGAGAAUUGCUCCUGGUGCUGCAUUCUUCUUUUGGGCGAGUGAAACAAAUAUUGUUUUUUUUUUUGUAUUUCUUCUUUAACCACCUUUUUGUUCUUAAAAAAAACACCACUAUAUAUAAACUGAAUUGUUAAGAAUGUUGUCUACAUCAACAGAAGUCAUUCUAAAAUCUAAAUGCGUAUUACGAAA